AUGUCAGCCCUCCGCAACGGAGCGAUGAACGGCACCAACGGCGCAACGAGCGCGCCCGUCAGCAAGCGGUUCUCUGAUAUCCCAGCUGCCAUUGACGUCCCGGUCCAGGGUGAAGCUGAAGACGAAGCUGUUGAAAUCGACCUCCUCGAACUCUUUGACGACCCUACCGAGCUCUGCACCCUUUUCGAAAACGAGCGUGCCGCCCGCACCUACUGGAUGACAGUCGCACUCGCCUACGCCAAGCAAAAAAAGAUCGACCAUGCGAUCGAAAUGUUGGUGCGAGGUGGAAACGCGAUGCGCGACAAUAAUCCCAGGGAGAAACUGAGCAUGAUUGGGUGCCUUUGCUGGAUGUACCUGUGGAAGAGUCGCGAAGCCCCGAGAGUGCCUCCCGAUGGCGAAUUGGCAUCCGAAGCCAAAACGAAGGAAUACUACCUGCAACUGGCAACGUCGACGUUGAAUGAUGCGUCGCGCAUCAACCCAGCCUUCCCUCCUCUUUUUCUGGCUCGCGGAGUCCUUCAACUUCUUAGAGCGUCUCUGCAGACCCCAAAGGCCUCGGGACAUGGCCAGGUGGACUCCGAAAAGGCGGACCUCUUGCGAUCGGCGCUCAAGGCCUUUGAAGACGCGAUUCGGGUAUCGCAAGGCAAGAACAUGCUGGCUGUCAUGGGUAAAGCGAGGACCUUCUUCUCCCUCGGAAAGUAUCCAGAGUCAUUGGCUUGCUACCAGGAAGUCCUUCAAAAGAUGCCCGACUUUGUCGACCCCGACCCGAGGAUAGGCAUUGGCUGCUGUUUCUGGCAGUUGGGCUUUAAGGACGAUGCCAAGCUUGCUUGGGAACGAUGCCUCGAGAUCAACCCGGAUCACAAGGUUGGAAACAUCCUUCUGGGUCUUUACUAUCUCGAUGCAAGCGGCCACAUCCCUACGAACAGCCCCGACUUCCUUCGACUUUACAAGAAAGCGAUGACGGAGUAUACACAGAAGUCUUUCAAACUCGACAAAAACAUGCCUCUCACGUGCGCAACGUUUGCAGGGUACUUCCUGUCACGCAAACAGCUCAGCACUGUAGACUCACUCGCCCACAAGGCAAUCCAGUACACUGAUGUCAAUGCGAUUGCCAGCGAUGGUUGGUAUCUCUUGGCAAGAAAAGAACACUACACGGGCGACCCCGAACGUGCUAGCGACUUCUAUCGCAGAGCCGAUGAUGCGCGUGGUGGCGCCGAGCGCGGCUAUCUGCCGGCAAAGUUUGGUGCUGCCCAACUGGCAGUGCUUCGCGGCGACCUUGGCGAAGCGAAGCUGCGGUUGGAGAAAAUGAUCCAGCAGUCCAAGAACCACGAAGCCAUGAUUCUUCUUGGCACUUUAUACGCAGAAGAAGUCUUUGCAAACGAAGAGGCGGACGGCAAGGAGGACAAGUCAGCUGAGAUGAAGAAGGCGAUUUCGCUUCUGGAGGGUGUGCGCGGUUCUUGGAAGGACAGCAAGAAGGGCAUGUCUCCUGACGCGGCGGUGCUGCUGAACUUGGCGCGUCUGUACGAGCAUGAGUUUCCCGAGAGGGCUCAGCAAUGCCUUCUUCAGGUCGAACAGCUGGAACUUGACCAGAUUCCAGAGGAUGACUAUCCGACGGACCUCACUGAUGAAGCCGAAAAACGCGCAGCUCUUCGCAAGUUCUUGCCUCCGCAGCUUCUCAAUAAUAUCGGCUGUUUCUACUCCCAAUCGGAGAAACAUGAACAAGCCAGCGAGAUGUUCGAGGCUGCUCUGGGCGCAUGCAUGAAGAUUGGGGAAAAGGACCAAGAGAUUGACACGGAUGCCUUGGUCACCACCAUCAGCUUCAACCUGGGUCGGAGCUAUGAGUCUCAAGGACUGUACGACAGGUCUAUUGAGGUUUACGAGGGAUUGUUGAAACGCCACGACGACUACACCGAUGCCCGGACACGACUUGCAUACAUCAAGCUUCGCAAGAAUCCCAACAAAGAGGGGCCCGACGCCGUCUCGAAGCUCUACCAGGAGAACCCUCAAGAUCUCGAGGUUCGCGCGCUGUAUGGUUGGUACAUGGGUAAGGUCCAUUCCCGAAAGCGGCCGCAGAACAUCAACGAGGACCACGAGUUCCGUCACUACAAGCACACGCUGCAGAACUACGACAAGCAUGAUCGGUACGCUUUAGUCGGCAUGGGCAACCUGUACCUGAUCCAAGCUCGAGAGAUGCGGCGCGAAACCGACAGCGACAAGGCCAAGAGGAGCGCUACAUACAGCAAGGCGGUAGAAUUCUUUGAAAAGGCCCUCUCCCUGGAUCCCAAGAACGCGUACGCAGCCCAGGGCAUUGCCAUUGCUAUGGUCGAAGACAAGAAGGAUUACAAAACGGCACUUGGCAUUUUUGUCAAGAUUCGCGACACUAUCAGAGACGCGCAUGUUUAUGUCAAUCUGGGUCACAUCUACGCCGAGCUGAGGCAAUAUUCCAAAGCUAUCGAGAAUUACGAGGCCGCUCUCUCAAAGGAGGGCAAGGCCAAUGACCCUGUCAUUCUCGCCUGCUUGGGUCGCACUUGGCUCAACAAGGGCCGUUCAGAAAAGCUUUUGGAUGCCUACCACGAAGCGCUCAAGUACGCCCAAAAAGCCCUCGAAGCUGCCCCGGACCAGGUGCACUACAAAUUCAAUGUUGCCUUUGUCCAGAUCCAGAUGGCGACGACGGUUUACGGGCUGAACGAGAACCAGCGGACGUUGGCACAACUACAAGAAGCUGCAACCGGUCUGGAAUCAGCUAUUUCCGCUCUGGACGAAAUUGCAAGCCAUCCUCAGACCCCCUACCCCAAGCACGAUGUCGAGCAGCGUGCCAACAUGGCCCGCAACACUCAACGCAAACAGCUUGAGAGAGCGAUUGCCAGCCAGAAGGAGUACGAGGAGAGGAACAAGGAGAAGCUGCAAGCAGCCCUGGAACAGCGUCAAGCGGAGCUCCGGAAGCGCGAGGAGGAGCGACAGAAGGCCCUCGAGAAGGAGCGUGAGAGGCAAGAGAAGAUCCGAAAGGAGAGAGAGGAAAUCGCUGCCAGGGACAGAGAGAUUGCCGAGCGUCGUGCAGAGGAGGACAGGGCUCGGCAAGAAGCCGAGAUGACGACGGACAGCGAGACUGGCGACAAGGUCAAGCGAAAGAAGAAGCCGGCCCCCAGGGGCGAUGGCGAGAGCCGUCCGAAGAGGGGGUCACGCAAGAAGAAGGCAGAAACGGAUGGCGAUGAGUCGGGUGAGGAGCGCCCGACGAAGAAGAAGCGUCGCCUUACGAAGAAGGAUACGACGGCCAACAGCAAGUACAAGUCGGCCGAGAUCAUCGUGGAUAGCGACGAGGACGAGGACGAGGACGCACUGGACCGUGCCGAGAGAGCGCUCGAGAAGGCCAGCUCUCCUCUGUCGGAUGCUGAAGAGAAGCGUGGAGACGACGACGAGAAGAUGGAAGUCGACGACAACCGAGGCGAUGACGAGGAAGAGGACGAAGACGCCGGCGUCACACGACGACAGCAGAGCUCACGGUCGAGAAGGGGCAGAGUGAUUGAAAGUGACGAGGAGGAAGACGAGGACGACCAAGCGCGACCGGCAGCAGACACCAGUAUGGCAGGCCUUGGCGGCGGCGACGACGACGACGAAGAGUAA